AUGCGCUCCCAAGCUCUCCAGGCCGCCUGCCGGCCUCUACGCUCGCCCUCUUCCACCCUCCAGACUCUCACAGCCUUCCAGUCACGACCCAUCACCACUUCCAGUCCCAAAUCGGCAUUCAGUGCAUACACGUCAAAGCCUUCGUCCAGCAACGCAUCCACCACUACCGCCAGGAAGCCCGUGACAUCCUCCUCAUCUUCGUCCACGGGCCCCAAGAUCAACGCUCCCUCCGCAAAGCCCUACGCCCCUGCGCAACACCAGCAGCAGCAGCAGGCUUCCGCCAUCGACAUCGAGGAGACCCCCAUCCCCGUCGUCCUCGAUCCACAAGCGGCUCAAGUCCCCGGCGCCACCAUCGAGGACGUCGACCCCGAGCUUGCGGCGCAAAUACCCACUCCCACCAACAGCAACGGCGCCGGCAGCAAAAACAAGGGCGCCUUCACUGCCGCUUUGACGGGCGGUGGUGGCAAUGGCAAGGGCAACGGUGCGGCCCCGCAGACGAUCGACUGGUCUUCGUCCUACCACGGCUUGUCGACGGAGGCGUUCAGCCCGGAGGUGGCCAAGAUUCUGAUGCAGCCGCUUGACCCUCUGGACGUGGAGGUUAAGCCUGAUGGAAUCAUCUACCUGCCCGAGAUCAAGUACCGGCGCAUUCUCAACCAGGCUUUUGGACCCGGAGGAUGGGGACUGGCGCCCAGGGGAGAGCUGGUGGUGGGCGAGAAGGUGGUGACGAGGGAGUAUGCUUUGAUUGUUGGUGGUCGCUUCGUCGCCCAAGCCCGCGGAGAAUGCCAAUACUUUUCGGAGGAGACAAUACCCACGGCCGGCGAGGGCUGCAAGUCCAACGCCCUGCUGCGAUGCUGCAAGGACUUGGGCAUCGCGUCCGAGCUGUGGGACCCGCGCUUCAUCCGCGAGUUCAAGAAGAAGUACGCGCACGAGAUCUGGGUGGAGCACAUCGUCAACAAGAAGCGCAGGCAGGUGUGGUGCCGCAAGGACGCGGAUCCUUGGUAUCCUUACCAAGUUGUUAAGAAGACGGCUUGA